AUGAUACCCAAAUACAAAGUUGUUGCUGUUGCUAUAAAAGCUAUUAAUGUAUUAGUUGAUAAAGAGAGAAGUUUUAAAUUAGAGAUUGUUGAGUUGUUUAGGAGACUUGGUUUUCAAGUCAUCUACAUAGGCACAUCAUGGCCAACUGUUUCAGCAGUUAAACGUUCUUCUUUUGGUUUCCAAUGUUUUUGCAAUCAGUUUUAUUCUGGGGGUAAAAAUGAUAGAGAAGUAGAUAUACGUGCAUGCUUUAAUGGAAUAGACUUUAGUUUUCAGUGCAAAAACUGA